UCCCAGGUGUUGGAAGCCCAGGGCGACCCGAGCGGCGGCAUCCUGUUCCUAAUGAGUGACGGUCAGGAGAACGAAGCCCCGGACAUCGCGACGGUCACCCCGCAGGUCCUGGCUAAGGGGAUCAUCAUAGACACGCUGGCCUACAAGAGAAGCGCCGACCCGCAGAUCGAGUCCCUGGCCCUGCUGACCGGGGGGAAGUCGUACUUCUACUCGGGAGAACAGGGAGACUCCACCGCCCUGAACGACGCCUUCACCGCCUCCGUACUGUCCAGGGACGAUAGAACGGGAGGAGAGGCGACGAUACAGCUUGUCAGUGAAACCAAGACGCUGAACACAGGAGAGAACUACUACAACGAGCUUUACAUCGAGAAGAGCGAGGGAAGGAACGCCAUCUUUACCUUCAUGUGGAACGGCGGCGUCCCGCCUCUCAUUGAGAUCAUAGCCCCUAACGGCACUGUGAUUAGUCAAGGUGACCCGUCCUAUCAAGUGAUGUCGGACACCAUUCAAGUGAAUGUUCCAGGUGUAGCACAGCCAGGGAAGUGGUCAUACAACAUCACCAUCGUUGACUACUACUACCAACAAGUGGACAUCCUGGCCAGCUGUAAGGGCGCCACUCCGGACAGCCAGCCCAUCAAGGUGACCGCUCAGGUCAGCACGAUCUCCCUGAAUGGCUCCUCCCUCUCCGAGUCCCCGGCCCUGUCCAUCCGGGCGUCCGUCACCAAGGGGUACCUUCCGGUCACCGGAGCUACCGUCACCGCGUACAUAGAGAAGCCGCCUAGCGAGGAUGUUGAUGAACUUCUCCUGCUGGACAACGGCGCAGGUGCCGACGUGACUAAAAACGACGGCGUCUACUCCCGCCACUUCCUGAACUUCACGGCGGGAGGCCGCUACAGCGUGUCGGUCAAGGUCGACAACGAACAUGGAGAAGCAGCUUCUAUCGUCGUGAGCGGAACGGCGCGACGUGGUCACAGCGCCGCCUUGUCCAAAGACGCAGAGGCCUUCGCACUGGACAAAAACGCAGUCCAUACUGAACCGUUGGAUCAGUUCCAGCGGAUGGCGCCAGGGGGCGUGUUUGAGCUGACAGACGUUCCCAUUGGCGGCCUAUCGAGAUUGGACCUCGGCCCGCCAUCUCGGGUCAAUGACCUCAAGGUGAUAAGGGUGUCGCACGACAACUUGACCGUCGCUCUGUCGUGGACGGCUGUUGGGGACGACCUUGACCAAGGAGGACCUGCCGCCUUGACCGACCUACGAUUCGGCCGAAACUUCACGGAACUUGCCGACGACUUUGAAGCAUCGAGCGUCGUCGACGACUCGCAAGUGCUGCUGGGAGACCUGACGUCACCCUCGCCACCGGGCACCCUUGAAACCGUCGUCAUCCGGGUACCUGAGAGGGGAGAGAACGUGACCUUCGUGUUCGCCCUUCGGGUGUGUGACACAGUGGGGAACUGCGGACAACCCUCCAACAUCGCAGCCGCCAACCUCGAGUACAUCCCAGAACCAACACCACCACCACCUACAACACCCCUGUCACAACCAAACAAGCCUAACAGCAACACGCUUAUCAUAGCUGUAUCUGUUAGUUGUGGAGUCGUUGCUGCAGUGGUCGCCAUCUUGGCAGUGUUGUCGGUGAAGCACUGUUGUUGUAAGAGAAAGAAACGAGUAUCAGUCACACCGGUCCCAGACGGAAUUGCUUUGGAAAGCGGACAGCCCCCAAAUCAACCCUUACCUAAGGCAUAAAAGCACUCGUUCUUUAAAGCAGUGCCUUGAAAUGUCUUCUUUUCUCUAUUAAUUUUUAACGAAAAAACACCAAAUGUGAAUUUUCUAGCCAAGAUAAAAGCAAUUUUACGCAGAGCACAAAGCAAUUUCAUUGCGUUGCCACUUGCGAAACAAAAAUUAUCCAAACAGAUCAAUCUGCGCCUUAUAUUCCGCCUUUUUUGUCCCUCAUAAACAUACUUUUCUACGGCUGCAUGCCUUACAAGUUACAACGCACCUAUCUCGAUGGGUUAGUAUUGCAGUUACAGUAGGUGACAUAAGAUCGCUACAAGUCACAUUA